CUGCAUUUCCAAGACCCCCCAGCGUGCCGACCUGCCAGCCCCCAGGGUCACCCCUCUGACCCCACCAUGUUCUCCAGGAAGAAGCGGGAGCUGAUGAAAACCCCUUCCAUCUCCAAAAAGAACCGGGCGGGAAGCCCCAGCCCRCAGCCCUCAGGGGAGCUUCCCAAGAAAGAUGGAGUGGAUGUGGUGUUCCCUGGCCCCGGCCUGGAGCCCCCCGCCGUGUCCUCAGGGGCCAAGGCCACAGGCACACUCAAGCGGCCCACCAGCCUGAGCCGCCACGCCAGUGCUGCUGGCUUCCCGCUCCCCGGUGCUGCCUCCUGGACACUAGGCCGGGGCUACCGAAGCCCUCUGACUGCCUCCAGCCCUGCYGAGCUGCCCACCGAGGGGCCUGGCCCCGAUGCGGUGGAGGACAUCUCAAACCUGCUGGCCGAUGUGGCCCGCUUCGCAGAGGGCCUUGAAAAACUGAAGGAGUGUGUGUUGCAUGACGAUCUCCUCGAGGCCCGCCGGCCACUGGCCCACGAGUGCCUGGGUGAGGCCCUGCGUGUGAUGCGCCAGGUCAUCUCCAAGUACCCGCUGCUGAACACCGUGGAGACCCUCACUGCUGCCGGCACCCUCAUUGCCAAGGUCAAAGCCUUCCACUAUGAGUCCCACAAUGAGUCGGACAAGAGGGAGUUCGAGAAGGCCCUGGAGACCAUGGCUGUGUCCUUCAGCAGCACUGUGUCCGAGUUCCUCAUGGGCGAAGUGGACAGCAGCACGCUCCUGGCCGUGCCCCCUGGGGACCCUAGCCAGUCCAUGGAGAACCUGUACGGACAGGGCAGUGAGGGCCCCCUGACCGGCACUGAGGACUGUGAGGAAGGCUGCCCACCCCCGGAGGAAGUGGACGUGCUCCUGCAGCGCUGUGAGGGAGGUGUGGACGCCGCACUGCAGUAUGCCAAGAACAUGGCCAAGUACAUGAAGGACCUCAUUGGCUACCUGGAGAAGCGGACGGCUCUGGAGAUGGAGUUCGCCAAAGGCCUCCAGAAGAUCGUCCACAACUGCAGACAGAGUGUCAUGCACGAGCCCCACAUGCCCCUCCUGUCCAUCUACUCGCUGGCCCUGGAGCAGGACCUGGAGUUUGGCCACGGCAUGGUGCAGGCGGUGGGCACGCUACAGACCCAGACCUUCAUGCAGCCCCUGACCCUGCGGCGGCUGGAGCAUGAGCGGCGCCGGAAGGAGAUCAAGGAAUCCUGGCACCGGGCACAGAGGAAGCUGCAGGAGGCAGAGGCCAACCUGCGCAAGGCCAAGCAGGGCUACAUGCAGCGCUCGGAGGACCAUGACAAGGCCCGCUUCCUGGUGGCCAAGGCAGAGGAGGAGCAGGCCAGCUCAGGACCUGGGGCGGGCAGUGCAGCCUCCAAGACCCUGGACAAGAGGCGGCGGCUGGAGGAGGAAGCCAAGAACAAGGCGGAGGAAGCCAUGGCCACCUAUCGCACCUGUGUCGCGGAUGCUAAGACACAGAAGCAGGAACUGGAGGACACCAAGGUGACAGCACUGCGGCAGAUCCAGGAGGUCAUCCGGCAGAGCGACCAGACCAUCAAGUCGGCCACCAUCUCCUACUACCAGCUGAUGCACAUGCAGACGGCGCCCCUGCCGGUGCACUUCCAGAUGCUGUGCGAGAGCAGCAAGCUCUACGACCCGGGCCAGCAGUACGCCUCCCACGUGCGCCAGCUGCAGCGUGGCGAGGAGCCCGACGUGCGCUACGACUUCGAGCCCCACGUCUCCUCCAGCUCCUGGUCUCCCAUCAUGCGUGCCCGGAAGGGCAGCUUCAACGUUGGGGACACAGUGGGGACAGAGGCCACUGGCAGCUCCCCUGAGGAAGGUGGGCCCAACGAAGGGGCGCCUGCCAAGGAGCCCAGGGGGGUGCGGGGACACCAGGUGCACAAGUCCUGGCCCAUCUCCGUCUCAGACUCCGACCCCAGGCCAGGCUCAGAGGACUUUAAGAAGUUUCAGCGCCUGUCAUCCAGCGGUGCCAUGUCACCCAGUGAGGAGCUGGUGGAGCAGGAAGGUGGCCCAGAGGUGUCUGCCUUUGAGCAGGCUGACCUCAAUGGCAUGGCUCCUGAGCUGCCUGUGGCUGUACCCAGCGGCCCUUUUCGCAAUGUGGGGCUGUCCAAGGCAGCCCGCACCCACCGGCUUCGGAAGCUCCGGACGCCCGCCAAGUGCAGGGAAUGUAACAGCUACGUGUACUUCCAAGGAGCGGAGUGUGAGGAGUGCUGCCUAGCCUGCCACAAGAAGUGCCUGGAGACCCUGGCUAUUCAGUGCGGCCACAAGAAGCUGCAGGGCCGCCUGCAGCUCUUCGGCCAGGACUUCAGCCAGGCAGCCCGCGGAACCCUGGAUGGCGUGCCUUUCAUCGUCAAGAAGUGCGUCUGCGAGAUCGAACGGCGCGCGCUGCGCGUCAAGGGCAUCUACCGGGUCAACGGUGUGAAGACGCGCGUGGAGAAGCUGUGCCAGGCCUUCGAGACCGGCAAGGAACUGGUGGAGCUGUCGCAGGCCUUACCGCACGACAUCAGCAACGUCCUCAAGCUCUACCUGCGCCAGCUGCCCGAGCCUCUCAUAUCUUUCCGCCUAUACCACGAGCUCGUGGGGCUGGCCAAGGACAGCCUGAAGGCAGAGGCUGAGGCCAAGACCGCGUCCAGGGGCCGGCAGGAUGGGUCUGAGAGCGAGGCGGCAGCUGCUGUGAUGGUGGGCCGCCUACGGGAGCUGCUGCGGGACCUGCCCCCGGAGAACCUGGCCACAUUGCAGUAUCUGCUGAGACACCUGCGCAGGAUAGUGGAGGUGGAACAGGAUAACAAGAUGACCCCGGGGAACCUGGGCAUUGUAUUUGGGCCAACACUGCUGCGGCCGCGACCCACAGAGGCCACCAUCUCCCUCUCCUCUCUGGUGGACUAUCCCCACCAGGCCCGUGUCAUUGAGACCCUCAUCGUCCACUACAGCCUGAUCUUCGAGGAGGAGCCUGAGGAGGCACCAGGGUGCCAGGAUGGGCCACCCAGUCAGCGGGCAGAGGUGGUGGUUUCCAUGCCCUACGCGGAGGCUGGAGAGGAGUCUGCCUAUGCCCUGCAGGAGGAGGCAGAGGACAGGGGCCGAGAAUCCCGAGUUGCAUCUAACGAUUCUGACUCAGAGCUGGAAGAGGGCUCGGAUCCCUUGUCGUCCUCAGACGCCAGCGCCCUGCACCACCUCAGCUUUCUGGAGAAGGAGGGUGAAGCCAGCCUGGAGGGUGGCCGGAGCCGCAGUGGCAGUGAGGGGCAGCUGGGGGAGGAGGAGGACGAGGAGGACCAAGUGCUGCAGCUCUCAACCUACAACACCAACCAGUCCAACAACAUGGCGCAGGCCCAGCGGCCCACCAUGAGACUCCGUGGCGGGCAGAUGGCGGCGGGCACCUGCUGGGGGCGGCAGCCAGAUUUCCUCUGAGCUGGGGUGGUGGGUGGGGACAACUGCCAGCUUCUCUUAUACCUGGUCUGUGUYUCUGCCUCUUGGGGCCAUCUGCAUCUCAAGGCUGGGCUAGCCUCGCAGGCCUGUCCUGGGUGAGAGCACCUGUGCUGGCACAGUCCUGCUGGCCGACAGGGCGGCGCCUCCUCCUGAAGCUUCUCACCUGGGCUCAGCUGAGUUGGAGACCUGGCUCUUGGGGAAGCUCCCUAUCUUUGGUCGGCCCACAGGGCUGUGUGGGUGGAGCAGUCCUGUCCAAGUCCCCUCGCUGCCCCUGGGCUCUCAAUCUUAGGCCCUGCACUGAUGUCUCCUCAMCCCUGCAGGGCUGAAGGCUGUUCUGGGUGCUGUGGAACUGGGGUGCAGGCCAGCCUUGACACUGAAGCCCAGGCUGGGGGUCAGCAGGGGCAGGCUCUGACUUUGGGAUUUGCUCACUUUUCCAGAAAGCUCUGGACACCUAGAGCCCAGGUCACCUGGGUCUAGGUACACAGUGCAGUCUCUCGCAGGUCACCAUGUACUUCUUGGAAAUGUGUCUGUUUUGCUUAAAAUAAACUUAU